GCAUUCUGGGGAAUGUGGUUCACUGUGGCCCUGAGGCGAGAGGGCCGGCCGGAGCCUCUAGAGAACUACAGCCCUUGGAGGAAGCGUCUGUUUAGUUUCAACACAGACGGCUGGGCUUGGGAGCCUACAAGGUUGCAGUCUGGAGGGUGCCAACAGCAGCUGCCAGGGCAGCUUUUCCUGAAUCGCUGCAAGCACGUCAAGGUAGUCGGAGUCCCCUAACAAUGGAUAAAUUCAUCAUUCGAACGCCUAGAAUCCAGAAUAGCCCUCAGAAGAAAGACUCUGGAGGAAAGGUUUACAAGCAGGCCACGAUUGAAUCUCUGAAGAGAGUUGUGGUUGUAGAAGACAUAAAAAGAUGGAAAACUAUGCUGGAGCUUCCUGAUCAAACGAAAGAGAAUCUCGUUGAAGCCUUACAAGAAUUAAAGAAGAAAAUACCCUCCAAGGAGGUGUUAAAAUCAACAAAGAUAGGUCACACAGUGAACAAGCUACGUAAACACUCAGAUUCAGAAGUGGCUUAUCUUGCCAGAGAAGUUUAUACUGAGUGGAAAACUUUCAUUGAAAAACAUUCAAAUAGACCUUCUAUUGAAGUUAGAAGUGAUCCCAAAACCGAGUCAUUUCGGAAAAACGCCCAGAAAUUACUCUCAGAAGCCUUGGAAUUAAAGGAUUCAGCCCAGGAUCCCAGGCUGCAUUCAGUCAUCCUAUCUAUCCUGUCCCUUCUGCUCUGUGACAGAUUCUCAGUCUUCCCUUGUUUCCCAUGACCUUGACAGUCUUGAGCAGUACUGGCCAGGUAUUUUGUAGACCAUCCCUCAGUUUGGGUUUGUUUGAGGAUUUCUUCAUGACCAAGUUGGAAUUCAGGGUUUGGGGAAGAAUACCACUGAGAUGAAGCACCCUUCUCAUCGCAUCACAUUAGGUGGCACGUGGCUUCCACAGGACUAUUCACUGGUGAUGCUGGCCUUGAGUGCUUGGUUAUGUUAGCGUUUGCCAGAUUUGCCCACUAUGAAGUUGUCAUUUUUCCCUUUCCAUAUUCUAUUUUUUGGAGGCAAGUCACCAAAUCCAGACCUCACUCAAAGGUUGGUGGGCUGGGGGUGAAUUAAACUCCACCUCCGGGAGAGUGGAUUAUCUACCUGUGUAAUUUGGAGGUCUUUAAGAAAGAUUCAUCCCUUCUCUGCCAUUUAAUUUAUUUUGAUAAUUUAUUAAUAUAUCAAUAUGGACUCAUUUUAUGCAUUGGGUUGUAAUCAGUCUGAUUUUUUAUAGUGAACAUAAAUUCAUGUAAUGUAUUUUUUUAAUGCAGAAAACAUACAAAAACCAUGCUGUGUGAGAAACAAGCUCUUAUGAUUGGCAGGGAUUUUUCCUCCACAGCUUUUCAUGUCUGCCUUUGAGUAGGAUAAUCAUUAGCUUACUGCUAUUCAGCUAGCAACCGUAGACACGCUAUUUCAACUCUCCAGACCUCAAUUUCCCCAUCUAAGUAAGAGAAUGUUUCAUGAAAUGGUCUCAGAGGUGAAGAAGGGGAUGGUGUUUGUAUGAUUGUAAGUGUCCGCAUAUUUUGUUGCCUAUUAAUAGACCCUAAGUUCUUAAUGGUUAUCUUCUUUUAUUUAUGUUGGAAAAUGAACUCAGAGCUAAUAGCCCUUGAGAACAUCCUGUAAACAUAAUCAAUAUUUAUAUCCCCCAUUACAACCCAAGGGUUCACCUUCCUUGCUCUUUCACCCCUCUAAGUGGGAUUAAGUUUUCCUUUUAUUUCUCAGUUUCUUCUCCAGCAGCUGAAGACUAACCUGAGGCAUAGGAUUCCAAACCCUACCAAGCAUCUGCUGACUCUUUGGCCCCAUUCUUGUGCCUCUCAUCUAGCUAUGCUAUAGCCACACUGAUGUCCUUAUCACCUUGCAUCGUCCCCAGAUUCAUAUGUUGAUGACCUAACCCCCAGUACCCCAGAAUGUGACUGUAUUUGGAGAUUGGGCCUUUACAGAGGUAAUUAAGGUAACGUGAGAUUAUAUGGGUGAGCCCUAAAUCCAAUAUGACUGGUGUCCUUAUAAGAAAAGAUUAGGAUGCAGACAGCACAGACCAUGUGAGGACACAGCAAGAAUGUGGCCAUCUAUAAGCCAAGGUGAGAGGCCUCAGAAGAAGCCAAACCUGCUGACACCCGAUCUGGAAUAUCUGGUCUCCAGAACUGUGACAAAACGAAUCGGUUGUUUAAGCCACCCAGUCUGUGGUACCUUGUUACGGCAGCCCUAGUAGAAGGAAAUACACACGCCAAUGAAUGAAAAUGCUUCCUGAAUGCCUCCCUCCUCUAUGCCAGGCCCUGUGACAGAAUCCAGGCCACAGAGAUGAACGAGACAGGGGCUCACAGUCCAGUGAGGAGCCAAGUCGCCCAUUGCCAUUUGACAUACUAGGGGCUAAGUGGGAAACUGGGAGUUCGGCAGAGGGACCACUGAACUGUGCCUGUAGAAGGGGCCUGGCCCAGAGGGUAUCAGGAAAGGGUUAGCAGAAAUGCUGACUUGUGAGCUGGGUUUUUACAGGUUUAAAGGAGUUUCCCAGGCAGGAAUGGCAUUCCAGGUACAAGGAAAGGUAUAUGCAAACGUUGAAGCUGGACGGAUGUCAAAGAACAGGAGUAGGUGUGAUAUGGAUGGAGCCAAAGUGCAGCAGGAGGAAGAACAGCCUGAAGUGAGCCUGGUGUAGGAGGGAGGGGCCAGUCUAUGAGUGGCCCGUGUCCUGGGCUGGGAAUUUUUACUUACAGAACUUUAAAGGUUUUGAAGUGAGAAAACUCCUAAGUUAAAUUAUGGUUACAUGUAUCAGGGGCUUACUAUGUAGGUAACGAUUUGUUUUCCAGCAAAUACGGAGCACAUAAGCAUUUGUUUCCCUCUCCACCUGAAUGUGAACUUCUCCAAGAGCCCCAUCCCCUCCUGCCUGAUGCAGAGAGCAAGGCUCCCAAAGAAGCACUAAGGAUUGAAUUACUUUCAGAGCCAGAAAACACAUGGUCUGUGGCAGGCUUACAGCCGAGGUAAGUAGCCCACAUGGCAUGGAGAUGACUUGAGGCCUGCUCACAAGGGAGAAGCAUCCAGCAUUGCCACAGGGGCCUCCAGACCAGGACUUCAGCAGAUCAGAUAGGGGAGGCUGUGUAGCAGAGGGGAAUCAAAAUCAUCAGAGCCCCAACCAUCACGUAGUGAGCUCCUGUACAGGCUAGAGACUAGGCUGGGUACUCUGUACAGUUUGCCUUAGUCUCACUAUUACCUCCCAAAUGUGACCCCACCCCUUAAUCUUCUCCCCAUCCUCUUAUACCUGAGCUUCUUAUGCCAAGAAGACCUCCUAAGGUCUUCCUGGGAGUACCUUCUCCCUUCUCUAAUCAGUUCUGCACUCGGCAGCCAGAGUGAAUGUCUAGAAUGUACCACAGAUCCUAUCACUCCCGUCCUCAAAACCCUUCAAUGGGUCUGGAUGUGGUGGCUCAUGCCUAUAAUCAGAGCACUUUAGGAAGCCAAGAUGGGGGGAUCACUUGAGCCUAGUAGUUUGAGACCAGUCUGGGCAACAUAAUGAGAUCCCUUUAUCUCUUUACAAAAGAAAAAAAAUAGCCAGAUGUGGUGGCAUGCACCUGUGGUCCCAGCUACUUGGGAGGCUGACGUGGGAGAGCUGCCUGAGUCUGGGAAGUUGAAGCUACAGCGAGCUGUAAUCACACCACUGCACUCUAGCCUGGGCGACAGAGCAUAACCUUGUCUCAAAAACAAA